UUGCGCGCUGCGCGUAAAGGACACACACAUACCCAAACCCUCGUCGCGACUUGUUUCGCUCCUCGCCAAGAAAGAAGCUUUUUAUUUGUCAGUGAAGUGGACUUUAUACGCGUACAUCCCUCCGUUUCGACACCUACGGCUCGUCUUUGUAAAGCGGUGACGGUUGAAUGUGUGUGAGAAGAGGCGGGCGCUCCUGUGGAAGUCUCCCACUGUUUUCUUCAGAUAAACAGCUUUCUUUGUUGAUCUCUAAUAGAUGGAGCUGAGUGAAACGGGGAUUUAUAAAAGAGGAGCAGCUUAUAACUGCGUUGAGCAUCAAUGUGCCAUGAACAGAAGAUCAGCUGCGCUUUUGGAGUUUAAACUGAACUUUAUCUGAAGGUCCUGCACUUGUACACCUACGGAGAAUUUGGCGAAUGCACUCGAUCGAAUCCGUUUUGUCCUUCUCGUUUAAGAGAUUUUAGGUUUUUACGUUUAUAAGUACGACUUUCACGCUUUGUGUUAUUUUAAGAGCGCAGAUCUAUUAUUAUGACAGGUUUUGGCUCACGGAGCCUCUCCUAUCCAGAUGGAUCUAGCGCAGAGCUGCGUUCCUCCGUAAAGCGGCUCUCAAGGUGUCUCUGAUGCACGAAGGAUCCUCUAAACGCUCACGAUGGCUCGAUCAAACACGGAAUAUGGUCACAUCUCCUGGCCCGAGCCCAUCUGAUCUCGUUCGUCUCUGAUCUGACAGGUUUAGCGCGGUGAUCAUGGUCUCCUCCGGCUGCGCUCUGAUGGUUCUGAUGGUCACUCAGGUGUUCUUUGGAGGCUCCAGUGGACUCGUACCCCAGACCGGCCGCUCCUCUCUGUCUCGGGACGUCCUGCACGCGUUUGAACUUCGACUUCUGAGCAUGUUUGGACUCAAACACAGACCGAGGCCCAGCAGGUCUGCGGUGGUUCCGCAAUACAUGAUGGACUUGUUCUCGAUGCACUCGGUGAACGCGGAGCAGAACAACAGCAACAGACUCAAGGGAUCUUUAGGGAAAGGCUCGGAAAGAUCUGCGAGCCGCGCGAAUACGGUCAGGAGCUUCCACCAUGAUGAAUCCAUGGAGGACCUGUCCAGUUCGAGCGGAAAGACGACUCAGCGGUUCCUCUUCAACCUGAGCUCUGUCCCGGUCGAGGAGUUCGUGACGUCAGCGGAGCUGCGGAUUUUCCGAGAGCAGGUCGUGAUCAACGGCAGCGAGGGAUUUCACCGCAUUAACAUUCACGAGAUCAUUAAACCGUCCGGUUCCUUUCAGGAACCCAUCACGAGACUCCUGGACACCAGGCUGGUUCAGCACAGCUUGAGCAAGUGGGAGAGUUUCGACGUGAGCCCCGCGGUCACGAGGUGGACUGCGGAUGGGCAUCCCAACCACGGCUUCGUGGUGGAAAUAGUUCACCCGGAUCAUGCGGAAGAGGACUCUAAAAGACACGUCCGCAUCAGCAGAUCCCUGCACGACAGAGAGGACACGUGGCCCCAAAUCAGGCCCCUGUUGGUGACCUAUAGCCACGACGGGAAGGGAAACGUGCUGCACUCUCGCGAGAAGAGGCAAGUGCGGACAAACAAACAGCGGAAGAAGCACAAAGCCAACUGCAGGAGACAUUCCCUCUAUGUGGACUUCAGCGACGUGGGGUGGAACGACUGGAUUGUCGCCCCGCCGGGCUACCAUGCCUUUUACUGCCAGGGCGAGUGUCCGUUUCCACUGGCAGACCACCUGAACUCCACCAACCACGCUAUUGUACAGACACUGGUGAACUCGGUGAACAGCAACAUCCCCCGGGCCUGCUGCGUUCCCACGGACCUGAGCCCGGUUUCGCUGCUCUAUCUGGACGAAUACGAGCGGGUGAUCUUAAAAAACUACCAGGACAUGGUCGUAGAGGGCUGCGGAUGCCGCUGACGCCUGGACGUCUACAGACAGUUUAUUUUUCCCAAUACUAAACUUUAUUUAUAAUAAAGUAAAACACAUAUUUUGGAAAAGUAUAUAAAGAUAUAUUUAUGUUCACUAUUGGGAAAAUAAAUAUUUUAAUCAGA